CCCUCCAAAGUGUUCUGAAAGAUAUUCUAGAAAGAGACAAUGAGGAUUAAAACUCCAUGAACCACAACAGAAUGAAUCCACCAGACAAUUGAAGAAAUUAAACCAAAAAGGACAGAAAGAAGACAACAGCAGGAAGAUAACAUGAUAGAAAUAAGACAAUACAUAUCAGCUUUAAUUAUCAAUGUUAAUGGUCUUUUCACCAAUCAAAAGAAACAGACUGGAAGAGGAAUCAAAAAGCAAGUUCAAUGACAUACUGCAUGAAAGGAACACAUUUACUCUCUUCCUCUCAGUCCUGUAUUGAACUCAAGUUGGAAGUGGCAAGUCCAGUCGCAAAUGGAGGUAAAACCACCACCCAGUUUGCCACCAGCCCUACUCCAGCAAUUGCAUGCUGGGGGGAGGAGGGCCAUGAUCCAAAGGAACUAGUGAAGUUGAAGAAGCUGUUUAUUGGUGAUCUUAGCUUUUAAACUACAGGUGAUAGCUCAAGAGAACAUUUUGAGAAAUGGGGAAUACUCACAGAUUGUGCGCUAAUGAGAGAUUCCCAAACAAAAUGCUCCAGGGGCUUUGGUUUUGUGGCUUACUCUUAUGUUGGAGAGGUGGAUGCAGCAAUAUGUGCUGGACCACACAAAGUUGAUGGGUGUGUAGUGGAACCCAAAAUAGCUGUUUCUAGAGAGGAUUCAAUGAAGCCUGGUGCACAUCUAACAGUGAAGAAAAUCUUUGUCGGUGAUAUUAAAGAAGAAACAGGAGAAUAUAAUUUGAGAGGCUACUUUGAAAAGAAUGGCAAGAUUGAAACCAUAGAAGUUAUGGAAGACAGGCAGAGUGGGAAAAAGAGCAAAUUUGCUUUUAUAACUUUUGAUGAUCAUGACACAGCUGAUAAAAUUGUCCAGAAAUACCACACUAUUAAUGGGCAUAAUUGUGAAGUGAAAAAGGCCCUUUCUAAACAAGAUAUACAGUCUGCUAGAUCACAAAGAGGUCAUGGAGGUAGAUCUGGCAACUUUAUGGGUCAUGGAGGAAACUUUGGAGGUGGUGGAGGGAAUUUUGGCCAUGGUGGAAACUUAAGUGGGAGAGGAGGCUAUGGUGGUGGAGGAGGUAGCAGCAGAGGUUACGGAGGAGGUAAUGGUGGAUAUAAUGAAUUUGAAGAUGAUGGUGGAAACUAUGGCAGUGGUCCUGGUUACAGUAGUAGAGGAGGCUAUGGUGCUGGUGGACCAGGAUAUGGAAGCCAAAGUGGUGGAUAUGAUAGUGGAGGAGGAUAUGAUGGUUGCAAUGAAGGAGGGAAUUUUGGUGGUGGUAAUUAUGGUGGUGGUGGAAGCUAUAAUGACUUUGGAAAUUACAGUGGUCAACAGCAAUCAAAUUACAGAUCCAUGAAGGUGGACAGUUUUGGUGGAAGAAGUUCUGGUAGUCCCUGUGGUGGUGGUUAUGGAUCUGGUGGUGGAAGUGGUGGAUAUGGUAGCAGAAGGUUUUUAAAAAACAAUAGAAUAGGGCUACAGUUCUUAGCAGGGGAGAGAGCAAAGAGUUGUCAGGAAAGCUGCAGGUUACUUUGAGACAGUUGUCCUAAAUGGAUUAGUGGAACUGUAAAAAUUUGCCACAGAAGGAACAAUGAUCCAUAUAGUAAGAAAAGUUGCUGCAGCUUAAAGGGGAGGAGAAAGUGGCAGAUGUGACUAAUUUAAAGAUCAGUAGAUAGGGUAAUUCUGGAUCAUCAAGUUUGGCUCAAUGUAAUGUCAAGGCUUCUUACAAAAGAGAGGCAAAACAGUCAGAAAAGUAUGUACGGCCACAAAAGCAGAGUUUGAAGUAUUGCACUUUGAAGAUGAGUAAGGGACCAUGAGCCAAGGAAUGCAGAAAGUUUCUAGAACUGGAAAAAGCAAAGAAAUUAAUUCUCCCGGAUAGUCUCCAGAAGGAACACAGAUCUGCCCAAUACUUUAAUUUUAGCCCAUAAAUGUAAUUUCAGAUUUCUGAAUUCCAGAACUAUAGAAUAAUAGAUUUAUGUCAUCUUGAACUGCUAUAUUUGGGGCAAUAGGAAGCUAAUACAGGUGGCAUUUUUCUCUAGCAAUAAUGAUUCUUUGGAUGCAGGUUACCUAUUCCUCACGUUAUCUUCACUGAAGCACAUUCUCAACCAAACCCACCAGAGCUCUUCAGAUGGAUUUCCAUUGCCUCCCUCCCUGACAGCCUCAAAACAUGGGCAGGUCCUGUGCUACACACUCCACAAGUGGGAAGCCAUGAUGGUUUUCACUUCACUGGAUCAAUAUUGUGGGGUCUUAUUAGCUGUUGGAAUGGCAGAAUGUCUCAGAAAUUCAGUUGAAACUGAAGAAGGAUGAAACAUUGUCCAAAAAGUUUGGGAGACGGAAGAAGAAGCAAAUGAAGGAAGAGCUGCCCCACCCUCAAAACACUAUCCCUAGUUACCAGCUCAAAGUAAUAAGCCUAUUGCUAUGUUCUUAGGAAAGGAAAUCUCCCAGGAUUCUAUCUUCAUAUUUCUAUAAUCCAAUUUUUACUUCUAGAACCAAGCUGUUCUUUGAGGUAUGCAAGCAUUUCCAAAGCACAUACUGACUUCCGGCAGUUAGGUCA